UUGCUUUUUGUAGGCACAGAUACGUCCACGUUUGCUGGGUUUAGAGCUUGCAGUUGUUUGAAAGGAUUUCAUCGUACCCAUCUUUUUGAAGGCUGCAAACAAUGCAAAGAAGAAGGACUACAAUGUGUGGAUGACCAUGUUGAGCUGAAGAAGGGUUACUGGUGGAAAUGGGAGAAUUUGACCCACAAACAAUUUUAUGAAUCAUUUGCGCGUAAUCUCUUGGAUUCAAGGAACUCUUCUUCAACUAAUGCUUCCCUCAUCGAGUUCCCAUACACUGUUCCUACGCCGCACAAAUGCCCACAACAAGAGGCUUGCUAUGGCGGUUUCAAUUCUUCUUGUGCUGACGGCUAUCAAGGACCGCUGUGUGAGAUUUGUAGUGACGGCUACUACAAACAGUUUCAAACGUGCAAAAAGUGUCCAACGAAGAAAUGGAUGAUUGGACAACUGUCGAUCGUGGUGACAGUUAUUCUAGUCAUUAUUUUAGUCAUACUGUGGUCAAGUAAAAGGAAGCAAAAGAAGGAGAAGAAAGGAAGAUCCACAGUGGAUAUGAUACUUGGAAGGCUAAAAAUUGUAAUUGGCUUUUACCAAGUCACUGAUGGACUGUUAGAGACAUUUUCGUAUAUUAAAUGGCCAGAUUCUCUUUCUGUCAUUGGAAAAUAUUCGGAGAUGGUACAGCUUAAUGUAUUUCAGAUUGCCCCUCUUCACUGCAUCUUUCCUGAACUAAAGUUCAAUGCUUUUAACAGCCUGUUUGCAAUCCUUGCAACGAAUGCCACAGCCGUCAUCGUUGCGAUUCUCAUUUAUUGUUUACGAAAGCUUCUACUCGAACGGAGUGCUUCCUCCAAAGAAGAAAAGUUAAGGAGAUCUUCUCAAACGAAAGAGCUAAUCUUGAGAAACCUGUUUUUCUUCCUGUACGUGACAUAUCUCAGUACCUGCUCCAAUACAGCUAGCGUGCUUCCCCCAACUUGCCGUCUGCUUUGUUCAGACGAAAAGAAAACCCACUGUCAAAAGUUUCUUAAGACUGACUACAGUAUCGACUGUGAGAGUACAGACUACAGUCGAUCAGUCAUCAUUGCCUACAUCGCGGUUGUUUACAUACUACUUCUUCCCACAGCAUCACUUGUAGCUCUCUGGAAAGCGCGAUUGACCGUUACAAGUAAGAAUGAAAUGAAAGACGAGCAACAAAAUCCUCAUAUCGAAGUGAAAAGCAGUGAAGUCAACACAGGCCUGCGAUUCCUUUUCGAAAACUACCAUCCGCGCUCGUGGUACUGGGAACUGGUAGACACAGUACGGAAGGUGGUCCUCACUUCAGGCCUCAUCCUGGUUGGUGGUGAAAGCAGGGCAUAUGUCGGACUGGCUUGCGUCAUGUCAGGACUCUACGGAAUAUUUUUUGCCUAUGUCAGCCCUAUAGUGGAUCCUUUCGAGAACAGACUAAUGCUGAUAUCUCUGGCUGUGACCUUUGUAAACUUGGGAAUAGGAGCUGUGAGUAAAAUUAACAGUGAGAACAUUCCUGCCUCAAUCGAUCCUUAUGUGGAUAACAUCAUGUUCAAGGUUCUGGUGUUUGGAGCAAAUUCUCUAGUAGUCGGUCUUCUCGUAGGUAAGUUAUGUGAACUACUUCGGUUAUUAAUUUACCCUUCAAUGGAAUCAUAUUCAUCUCUGGGUAUUGUUAUUUAUAACAUUAUAAUAAUUAUUAGGUAUGGGGAAUAAAUCUUACCCGGGACAAGCCCAAGACAGGCUGAAUUGAAUAUAGGUACUCCGGAACCCGACUUACUUGCUGGGGUGGGCAGGUGAGUCACCAAUCACCGUUCGAGUAUAACAAAGUGAAGUGAACGGGACAAAAUGUACCAGUAUUUCCUAUUUUAUAUACUCAUUGCCUAUCAUUAAUUAAUCCUCCGGGAUAUUUACAGUUCGAAUGGAACGUGAAUAGGAAAACUAAGGGCCUUUUUACAUGGAGGUGGGAGAGCCAUGAUAGGUGAGGUAACAUGUGGCGGGUCACCCCAUCUAUCAUGUAAACGUGUUCAAAAUAAAAUGAGAGAUUUUAUGGACAGGCGGGUUACCUCACCUACCUGGGGUCCCCCACCUCCGUGUAAACAGGCCCUAAGCAACCACCACGACGAAAAAAAAACGUCAAUAACGUUGCCUACAUUUGACAAAUUGAGGGGGUCCGAACGGACGCGAUAAAGUUUGAAAGGACAUAAAUUAUUUCUCUUGGCAACGUCGUCACUGCCGUCGUCGUCGACUAGUCGUCGUUGCUUAAGCUCCCCAAUCACAAGUAGGGCGAUGCCAGCUCCGUGCUUGCUGUUGGUUUUCGGCCAAAUUUAGUUCACGGUGUAAAUCGGUUAAGCUUCAAUUGCCAUUCUAACUGUAAUUGUAUUACUGUAAUGCCUUAAUUGAGGUAGCAAUAGUACUUAUGUCCAGGUUUCCAAGCAGCUGCAAAAUUUAGGAUUUUUCGCGUCCUUGCAAAAGAUUGCAAAAAUUACACGGUUCACAAUUAAUCGCGUUUGUUGUAACCCACAGUGAGUGACCUUCAUAAAUAAUUAUUAUUAUCAAAGUUAGUAAGUCCAUAUGUAUGCAAGUACCGUUACCAUUCACUCAGUAAGUGAUCUAUAAGACUUGAACUUAAAGCAAAAAUAUUCAUAGAGAAGAGUAAAGACAGUGCAAUAGAGGACUCCUAUAAAACGCCAAGUCAACGCUUAUGUUUUAAGAAGAGAGGUGACUUCAGAAAGUCCUAUAGUGAAUAUAUGUAACUAUGACUAUUGUUUCUUUGUAGUUCAGUAUAUUGUAUACAUCUAUCGCUUUAUAAAAGAAUGGCUCAAGAGUCCCAAAUGGUCUUUCUCUUGCUGUCUGGCCUUGCUGCUGCCUCUGAAUGACCUGCAAGGAGAAGUACGUGGAUUUGCUGGAAGGAAUGUUUUUAAGAACCAACUGCAAACAGGAAAAAUGAACAUGCCGUCCAUUUCAUCCUCUUUCCAAGAUACUGGUGCUAUUAACUUUAGUUUGGAAAAAGAUCAGCCCGAUCUGACUGAUGAAAGGAAUUCUGAUCAUGAGGAAAUACCUGGAAACAAGAGCAAAACACAAACCAAGACUCGAGUAAGCGGGAAAGAAUCCAUCUUUACCAAAAUUUCAGUUCAUAAAGUUCGAAAAAUGGCAUACGAUACGUCUUUUUAA